GCCGUGGUGCCUGUCACCUGACUCCGCUCCAACAUGGCUGCGCGGGAGGCUAACCUGCUUGUGGCUCCCGGAGCUGGAGUUACUCCACAAAUGGGAAGACUGAGAAUGCGUUCUGCCUAAAGCAUCUCUUCCUGCCUCCCCGGCACUCAGUGCUGGGAAAAUGAGUUACCCAUUUGGACAGGAGGAAACCGCUAAUGAGAAGCAGCUCUUUGGAUUUUUCUGUGAGUGUCUACGGAGGGGAGAAUGGGAGCUGGCACAGGCCUGUGUACACCAGCUGCACGAAGGGCAAGGGGACAUCCCCAAGAAGGUGGAAGACAUAUUACAGGCGCUGGUGCUGUGUCCCGAUCUACUGAGAUGUGGGCCAGACAUCAACUCUCAAAGAUUAGCCUGGCUCUGGCUUCUUGUACUGGAAGAAUGGUUUGCCAAGGAAAAGAGGUUAGUCCCUGCUGUUUUCCGGAGAAAACUCGAGUUUCUUUUUUUGUCAGAAGACCUGCAAGGUAGCAUCCCAGAGGACAUCCUCAAGGAGCUGUAUGAGACCUUAACUACACAAGACCCAACAGGCUGUGUGGCUGAUGGAGGUCACAGGCAGGAGAACUGGGUGCCUCAGCUCAGCUCAGAAGCUAUCUCUGUGAUCUGGAAUCUUCUGAGGCAGGCUCCGGGGCCAGCACAGGCCCUGUUGGAGCUCCUGCUGGAGGAACACCAUGGCACCAGCCCUUGUCACAGGCCUCUGCAGAAGGCACUGGUGGACCACAUUUGUAAGGCCCUGAGGGCUCUGCGAGGCCCUGCCUCUGGACCCCCUGGGGUAGUAGAUGCCAUCUAUGGAGCCCUGCGGGUUCUGCAUUGCCCUGCAGAGCCAGCUGACGCUGAGUGGCAUGUCCUGUGUGAGGAGCUCCUAGAAGCCUGCACGAGGGAGGGCAGUCCUGUGCGGGAGGAGAAGCUGCUCAGCUGCAUGUCACACAAGGCUGGCAGGGGCCUGCUGGCCCUCUACGGCCACACCUAUGCAGAGAAGUUUGCAGAAAAGCCACAAAGGGCUCCAACCUCCGGAAAACUCUCCCUGGACCAUCCAGAUCCAGAGAGGGCAAUGCUGGCCCUGUUCUCCACUCCUGACCCAGCUCAAGCUUGGAAAAUGGCUUUUUUCUACUGCCUAAGCAACAACAAGCACUUCCUGGAGCAGGUCCUGGUGACGGCACUAGCCCUGCUGAAAGAGGAAGACUUCCCAAACCUCAUCCACCUGCUCGAUAGAGAAUUCAAACCUCUCAGUCACCUGCUCGUGCUUCUGGGCUGGACACACUGCCAGAGCCUCGAGUCAGCUAAGAAACUGCUCCAAACACUCCACAGAACCCAGGACCAACGCCAUGAUGAACUCCUCAGGGGUGCCUGUGAAGGACUGUGGGCUCACCUGGAGGUCCUGGAGUGGUGUGUGCAGCAAAGCCGCACCCCCAUACCAGAGAGAGACCUCUUGUGUCAUUUACAUGGUGGAGACAGCCACUCCGUGCUCUACUCCCUCCACCACCUUACAAGCCUCCCAGCCCUCAGGGAGGAAGAGGUUCUCAAGCUCUUACAGAAGACACCAGCCAAGGGCCUCCAACAAGAACAGGCUACAGUUGAUGCCUCCGACCCCGAGCACCUGAGUCAGUGCCAGAACCUGACCCUCUACCAGGGCUUCUGUGCCAUGAAGUAUGCCAUCUAUGCCCUUUGUGUGAACUCGCAUCGGCACUCCCAGUGCCAGGACCACAAAGACGGCCCCUCUGAGGACCUGGCUCCUGGGGAGCCAGGGGAUGACUCUCCCCCCUUCCCAGGUGCCUCCCAAGUCUUCUCCACAUACCUGGCCAGGUGCCAACAGUAUCUGCGCAGCGUCCCCGACUCCCUGUGCCUGGAACUUCUCGAGAACAUCUUCUCCCUGCUGCUCGUCACCUCUGCGGAUCUCCACCCUGAGCCUCACCUGCCUGAGGACUAUGCCGAGGAUGAUGACGUCGAGGGGAAAGGCUCCCUACGCUUGAGGUCCCCAUCGGAGAGCCCUCAGCACAUCAUGCCACCUGAGAGGAAGCCAGAGCAAGGUUCCCCAGCACCCAGGAGCCUUGCCCAUAGGAUGCAAAGAGGUCCAAAGGCAGAACCAAAAGCCAGCAUUCUAGGCCCCCAUGGGCACAACUUUUUGGAUCUAAAGCACUUUACUAGUGGUAUCAGUGGAUUCCUGGCUGAUGAAUUUGCAAUGGGAAAGUUCCUCUGGCUUCUUCAGGAGCAGCUGAAUGAGAUCAGCAGUCACAGCACGCUGGAGGAGGCAAAGGUGCUAGAAGGCCCAAGCUGCUUGGGGAGUAGAGAUGGGCUGCAGAGCCGCUUGCUGCGCUUUGCCAAGGUGCUCUCUGAGGCCCAGUGGAGAUACAAAGUGGUGACAAGCAACCAGGCCUCAGAGGCACAACCUUCCCGAAGACUCAGGCCCGCUCCCGCAAGGCGCUCUAGUCUCUGCAGAAGUCGUCGGACUAGAAGGAGCCGGGCAGAUGGCCGGGACAGAGGCUCAAGUAGUGAGCUGAGCACAAGUACUUCAGAAGGGAGUCUGAGUGCUGUGUCUGGGCAGAGCAAGCUGGAUGGCCGGUUGCAGCCCCAACCUCAGAGCUCUCUCAUCCCCAUGAUGUUCUCCCCUCCUGAGUCACUGCUGGCAUCCUGUAUUCUCCGAGGAAACUUUGCAGAAGCCCAUCAGGUGGUAGUCAUGUUCAACCUGGAGGCCUCUCCCGGCGCAGGGGAGCUGAUGUUUGUAGAGCGCUACCAAGAAGUGAUCCAGGAGCUGGCCCAAGUAGAGCACAAGAUUGAAAACCAGAACUCCGAUGGGGCCAGCAGCACCAUUCGGAGGACUGGCAGCGGCCGCUCAACGCUCCAGGCCAUAGGCAGCGCUGUAGCAGCAGGAAUGGUGUUUUACUCUAUCUCUGAUGUAACUGACAAGCUGCUCAGCACCCCCAAAGACCCCAUACCCAUUCUCCAGGAGGACUUUUGGAUACGUACUCUGCUGACAGAUCCUACCACACCUCUGAGAGAGGUCCUGGAAGACCUCAGUCCCCCUGCCAUGGCUGCAUUUGACCUAGCUUGUUCUCAGUGCCAGCUCUGGAAAACCUGCAAACAGCUCCUGGAAACAGCUGAGCGGCGUCUGAACAGCAGCCUGGAGAGCCGGGGUCGGCAGCUAGACCAAGUACCCCCCAAUUCUGAUGGCAUUCGAGGUUUUCCAGUUGUCCUUCAACAAAUAAGUAAGAUUCUCAAUUAUCAAGUUACAUUAGCUGGACAAGCUAAGUCAGAGAAUCCAGAAGAAAAGGGAGGAGGCCCUCUUCGGUGCAGCGUCACUGAGCUGCUUCAGACAUGCUGGCCCAGCCUGACGGAGGACUGUGUUGCCAGCCACACCAGCCUCUGCCAGCAGCUGGACCAGGCUCUUCAGUCACUGAGAGAGGCCCUGGCACUGCCAGAUCCCAAGAGUACUCCUCUCGCUUCUCUGGCUGAGCAGGCUGCCCAGAAAGCUUCAGAGGCAGAGGGCCACCCCGUGCACAUCCAAGCUCAGCUCCUCCAGAAGAACCUGGCCAGACAGACCCCAGCAGGCAACAGACAGACCGAUUAUGUGGAUGCUUUCUUUAGCUACUGCAGUACCUUGGCUGCAGUCCUCCUUCAAAGUUUGAGCUCAGAGCCUGAUAAUGUGGAGGUCAAGGUUGGAAAUCCCUUUGUUCUCCUGCAACAGAGCUCUUCCCAACUGGUGUCAGACCUCCUGCUUGAGAGACAAGUUCCUCCAGACAGGUUGGCAGCCCUUCUGGCUCGAGCGGGUCUCAGACUAAGUGUGCCACAGAUCAUCAUCAGCUGCUGCUGUGAACCCCUUACUCUUUGCCCUUCUAGGCAAAGCCAGCAGGCCUCAUCCCUUCUAACCCACCUGCACCUCCUGGCUCAGCAGCAUGCCUCCCGCUGCCUGGAAAACCACUCUACACCAAGCUCCCCUAGAACAGGCAAGAGCCCCAUGACCGAGAGAAAGCCCCGCUCCUGCCCCAAAGACUUACCACCCCCAGCCUUCACCUCCUCCACGCUGGCCUUCCUUAAGUCUUGCUCAAAGCUGCUGUCCACAGUGGCCUGCCUGGGGGCUUCUCCGGGGACAAAGGUCACCAAGCCCAGCUUGUGGAAGGAGCUGCGAGGCCGCAGGGAGGCUCCUCUGACCGCAGAACAGGUAGCCCGGGAGUGUGAGCACCUCUUGGAACGGUUUCCUAUGUUUGAGGCCUUCCUCUUGGCUGCCUGGAAGCCUCUCCAAGGGUCCCCUGAGCAAGAAAAGAGUCUGGCAGCCAGUCUCUGUGGCCAGGCAAGUCUCUCUACUGUGCUUCUGGGCCUGCAUUCUCCUGCUGCCCUUGAUGUACUGACUGAGGCCUUCGAGGAAGCCCUGGUGGCUGCAGAUUGGCCACGAGCCCUUCAUCUUAUUGAAACAUAUGGGCAAGAGGCGGACGAGCUGUACAACGUGAAAGAUGCGGUCCUGAGCUGUGCUGUGGCCUGUGACAAAGAAGGUUGGCAAUACCUGUUUCCUGUGAAUGAUGCAUCCCUGAGAAGUCAACUGGCCCUACGGUUUAUGGACAGGUGGCCUCUGGAGUCUUGCCUGGAGAUCCUGGCCUACUGCAUUUCAGAUGCAGCUGUCCAGAAAGAACUAAAAUCUGAACUGCAGAGGAAGCUGGCAGAGCUGCAGGUCUAUCAGAAGAUUCUAGGUUUGCAGGAUCCCCCAGUGUGGUGUGACUGGCAGACCCUGAGGAACUCCUGUGUUGAUGACCCAUCCACUGUCAUGAACAGGAUCCUAGAAGCACAGGAGUAUGGGCUGUGUGAGGAAUGGGGCUGCCUCUACCCCAUGCCAAGGGAGGAUUUGAUCAGUUUACAUCAAAAGCAUCUUCUCCACCUGCUAGAAAGAAGAGAUCAUGAAAGCGCUUUGCAACUCCUUAGAAGAGUUCCUGACCCCACCAUGUGCCUUGAGGUCACAGAGCAAUCCCUUGACCAGCAUCCUAGCUUGGCCACUUCACAUUUUUUGGCCAACUACCUCACCACCCACUUCUACGGAGAACUGACCACUGCCCGACACCGUGAAAUCCAGGCACUGUACAUGGGAUCCAAGAUUCUGCUGACCCUCCCUGAGCAGCAUCGGGCCAGCUAUUCCCACUUGUCCUCCAAUCCACUGCUCAUGUUGGAGCAGCUGCUGAUGAACAUGAAAGUGGACUGGGCCACUGUAGCUGUUCAGACUCUGCACCAGCAACUGGCCAGCCAGGAGAUGGGCCUCACUCUGGACGAGGUUGACUCGCUGCUUUCCAGAUACGCAGGGAAAGCCCUGGACCUCCCGUACCCUCUCAGGGAGAAGCGCUCAGAUUCUGUGACUCAUCUCCAGGAGACUGUCCAUUCAGCCUCAGACCCUGAGGCCCUGUCAAGAUCAUCAUCUGCUGAGUUCUCAGCAGCUGCUGCUCCUGGUGUCUCCCUGGUACAUUCCCCCAGUCCAAAGGAGAGAAGUUUCCCUCAGACUCAGCCCCUGCUGGAGUUUGUUCCCCCAGAAACACCCCCUGCCCGAGAUCAGUGGGUACCAGACGAGAGUGAAAACAUCUGCAUGGUCUGCUGCAGAGAACACUUCACUAUGUUUAACAGGCGUCAUCACUGUCGUCGCUGUGGCCGGCUAGUAUGCGGUUCCUGCUCCACUAAGAAAAUGGUUGUAGAAGGCUACAGAGAGAGCCCGACACGGGUGUGUGACCAGUGCUACAGUUAUUACAACAAAGAUGCACCAGAGGGUGAUCCGGGCCAGUCAGCAGUCCCAGAGAGCUCUAAGAGUGAAAGCCCUCCCUAUUCAGCUGUGGUGAGAGUGCCUAAAGCACCUGAGGUGGAAUGGAUUUUGAGUCUGAAUGAGGAGGAAAAUGAGAUGGUGCGGAGUGAAUUUUACUAUGAGCAGGCCCCCAGCGCCUCCUUGUGCAUCGCCAUCAUGAACCUGCACCGGGACAGCACUGCGUGCGGCCACCAGCUGAUCGAGCACUGCUGCAGGCUGUCCAAAGGCCUCACCAACCCCGAGGUGGAUGCGGGGCUGCUCACAGACGUCAUGAAGCAGCUGCUGUUCAGCGCCAAGAUGAUGUUCGUCAAGGCCGGCCAAAGCCAGGACUUGGCUGUUUGUGACAGUUACAUCAGCAAAGUAGACGUACUGAAUAUUUUAGUUGCUGCGGCCUAUCGCCACGUGCCAUCUCUAGAUCAGAUCUUGCAGCCGGCUGCGGUAACCAGGCUUAGGAACCAACUGCUGGAAGCUGAAUACUACCAACUGGGUGUUGAGGUCUCCACAAAGACUGGGCUUGAUUCCGCAGGGGCAUGGCACGCUUGGGGCAUGGCCUGCCUCAAAGCCGGAAACCUUACUGCCGCACGGGAGAAGUUCAGUCGCUGUCUGAAGCCCCCUUUUGACCUCAAUCAGUUGAGCCAUGGCUCGAGGCUGGUCCAGGAUGUGAUUGAAUACCUGGAGUCCACAGCAAGGCCCCUCGUUUCCCUGCAAGACGACGAUUACUUAGCCACCUUGAGGGAGCUGGAAACCACCCUUCGAACUCAGAGCCUCUCCCUUGAGUUGAUUCCAGAAGGGAAGAUCCUGAACAACACCUACUACCAAGAAUGCCUGUUCUACCUGCAUAACUACAGCACCAACCUGGCCAUCAUCAGCUUCUUCAUGAGGCACAGCUGCCUGCGCGAAGCCCUGCUACACCUCCUCAACAAGGAAAGUCCUCCAGAAGUCUUCAUAGAAGGCAUUUUCCAGCCAAGCUAUAAAAAUGGGAAGCUGCACAUGCUGGAAAACUUGCUAGAAUCCAUCGAUCCAACCUUGGAGAGCUGGGGAACAUACCUGAUCGCUGCCUGCCAGCACCUCCAGAAGAAGAACUACUACCACAUCCUGUAUGAGCUGCAGCAGUUCAUGAAGGACCAAGUCCGGGCCGCCAUGACCUGUAUCCGUUUCUUCAGUCACAAAGCAAAGUCCUACACAGAGCUGGGAGAGAAGCUGUCAUGGCUGCUUAAGGCCAAGGACCACCUGAAGAUCUACCUCCAAGAAACAUCUCGCAGCUCUGGAAGGAAGAAAACCACCUUUUUCCGAAAGAAAAUGUCUGCAGCUGACGUGUCCAGACACAUGAACACACUUCAGCUGCAGAUGGAAGUAACCAGGUUCUUACAUCGGUGUGAAAGUGCUGGGACCUCUCAAAUCACCACUUUGCCUCUGCCAACGCUGUUUGGAAAUAACCACAUGAAAAUGGAGGUUGCCUGCAAGGUCAUGCUGGGAGGGAAAAAUGUGGAAGAUGGUUUUGGAAUUGCAUUCCGUGUCCUGCAGGACUUCCAGCUGGAUGCCGCUGCAACCUACUGCAGAGCUGCCCGGCAGCUGGUGGAGAAGGGGAAGUACAGCGAGAUCCGCCAACUGCUCAAAUGUGUCAGCGAGUCGGGCAUGGCAGCCAAAAGCGACGGGGACGCCAUCCUCCUCAACUGCCUAGAAGCCUUCAAGAGAAUCCCACCCCAGGAGCUGGAGGGCCUGAUCCAGGCGAUACACAGUGAUGACAACAAGGUCCGGGCCUACGUGACAUGCUGCAAACUGCGUUCCGCCUACCUGGUUGCUGUGAAGCAAGACUUCUCCCGGGCCACGGCCCUCGUCCAGCAGGUGCAGCAGGCCGCGAAGAGCAGCGGGGACGCUGUAGUGCAAGACAUCUGUGCUCAGUGGCUGCUGACGAGCCACCCCCGUGGUGGCCCUGGCUCGGGCUCCAGGAAGUGACCCUGCGCAACAGGGCCGGGAAAGCGUAGCCAGAGAACUAUGGCAACAGGAGCGAGGCCCUCGGCCUCUUUCCUCCUGUAGAGUGGGACAUCUCUGGUUCUGCCUGGAUGGGAAAAGGCUGCAUUGGGCCCUCCUUGCCUGGUUGGGCAAGAGCAGGACCUUUCACACAAGUGCCAUGUGUCUGUAAAGUUGUGGAAUCUGUGUGUUCGCCCAGAGAUGGCCAGUUCUUUCUACCUCAGAGUAAGCGUGUGCAUGCUCCCGUGCACUCAUGUUUACACCCAUGCAUUUAGGAACACAUGACUCUCCUCCCUGGGAAAAGAGGCACUUUACUUUCCACUUCUGCUGGUCCAAAAACCUUCCCUGCGUUUUGGUUCUUAACCCGGGUCAUCCUGUUUGUAUGCUGUUCCCUGUGCUGAGACUUCCAGCAGCCCCUCCUAACUGAAGGGGCCGAAUGGAAUUACAGAGCAAUGCCAAGAGCAUUGCUUCCUUUUCCCUCCCAGAGUUCAGAGGUAGCCUUGGGCAGGUACUGCCUGGGGCAGAUGGCCAUAACCACUCUCCAGGUACCUCUUCUUACAAGCACAAGGAGUGGAUGUGAGUCUUUGAACGGUAGCCGAACUCAAGGUUUUCCAACGCGGGCACUUGAAAGCUCUAGCUGCAGCAUGAGUUAAGAGGUUUGGGAGGCUGACCCCAUCACAGGAGAGACCCCAUCACAGGAAUCAUCCAGAGGGGAGGGCAGGGCAGGCCUCUCCCAAGCCCAGAGCUGGCUCUUGUGACUGUCUGUGCUGCCAAGUUGACGAGUGAGGGAAUGUGGCUCCCUCUUUCAGAGUCUGUGAAAUAAAAUGGUAGCCGGGAUCCGAGGAGUGAAUAGGUGGGACUCUACACUUGAGUUCCAGUCCUACUUAUGCGUCUUGAAUUGGUUAAGAAGUCACUUCCCCAUUCCUCAUGCUUUCUUCAACCUCCUCAGGACCCCUGGAUGGAUAGGCAACACCGGGCCAUUGAGGCAACAGUAUACUCCCUGUCUUAAUAGAGGGAACCAAGGGUUCAUUUCAGAGUUGGUAGGUAAGGCAGAAUGAAGGGAUAAUGACUAUGUCGCACCCAGUUGGUGGAAAGCUGGGUGAAGCUCUGUAACAUGAGUUGGUCAGUUUGCCUUUCCACCAGAGAUGCGACCAUGGUUUUAGAGGCGUGUCCUUCUCAGUAAUGAAUUUGCAAAUGAGGGGCCUAAAGAAAGGCUCUGUGACCUUAUGUCUUGCCAACCAGGCAUCAGUCUGUUGAUCUCACCUUUGAUAGUGAGACAAACAGAACGGAACCUGAAGUCAGGGACAGGUGCAUAGAAAUGCUGUGGGUUAAGGGUAGGCGUGGUGGCGCACACCUUCAAUCCCAGCACUUGGGAGGCAGAGGAGGGAGGAUCGCCGUGAGUUCGAAGCUAGCCUGAGACUACCUAGUGAAUUCCAGGUCAGCCUAGACUAGAGUGAGACCCUACCUCGAAAAACAAACACAAACAAAAAAGAAUUGCUGUGGGUUCCCUCAAAACCACGUGUUUUCAGUAGAAAGCAGGUGUGGUAGCACUGUCGCCCUUUGAGGUUUGGUCGCAGUGGAGGAGCAAGGCUAAAGGCAAACACUAGCCCCCCCCCAGGGUGAAGUCUUACAGUAGCUUCUCCUUCCUUGAGUCAUAGAAGGUACCCAGCCCCCCAGGAAACGCCAUGGCCUGGUGUCUGCCUGCACCUCCACGUCUGCCCUUUUUGCACUGAGCAUAUGCACUUUAUACAAAUGAGUUGCAAAUUCGGGAUGUAACAACCAGAUUUUUCUGACUUUCCUCUAAUAGCUGAACUGUAAAACAGGUAACCAUUGACCAAACUGGCAGAGACGAGGUUGAGCAUCACACUGUGGUCUCCAGCAAAGUGACAGUGACACCAAAACAAUUGUAUUCACCGAGGAGUAAAAUGUUCUACUAUGAGCAAGCCACAAUAAAGUGUCUGUCCUGGC